AUGCCUGAGGACCUCCCGACGCCUGAGCCGGAGUCGCCGUCACUGCCCCGCGCGAGGCAGCCCUAUAGAUUCUCGACGCUGUGUGCGACGGUGGAGACCCCCAACGCGGACCAUAAGGACCAGCAUGGGAGCUCCAGUGUACCCAUCUACCAGACGGCGACCUUCAAGGGUGUAGGUGGACAGUAUGACUAUACCCGGAGUGGGAACCCCACUAGGACUCAUUUGGAACACCACAUUGCCAAGAUCUCCUCAGCUGAACAUGCUUUCGCUGUUUCCUCCGGCAUGGCCUGUCUUGACAUCAUCACCCGCAUUCUCAAGCCCGGGGAUGAGCUCAUCGCCGGAGAUGACAUCUACGGCGGCACGCACCGUCUCCUCACCUACCUGCGCACGCACAUGGGCAUCACAGUGCACCAUGUCGACACGACCGACCCCACCACCCUUGUGCCUCACCUCACCCCCAAGGUCGCUAUGGUACUGCUGGAGACACCUACGAACCCACUACUGAAGAUUGUGGACAUUGCGCGGAUCAGCGCUAUGGUGAAAGAGAAGUGCCAGGAUGCGGUCAUCGUGGUGGACAACACGAUGAUGAGCCCGUACCUCCAGCGUCCGCUCGAGCACGGUGCGGACAUCGUCUAUGACAGUGCGACCAAGUACCUUAGCGGACAUCAUGAUCUCAUGGCUGGGAUCAUUACCUGCAACCGAGACGACCUCGGCAAGCAAAUUGCGUUCAUGAUCAACUCGGUUGGGAAUGCUCUUACGCCCUUCGACUCCUUCCUGCUCCUGCGGGGUGUCAAAACACUUGCUAUCAGAAUGGACCGUCAGCAGUCGACCGCUAUGCUCGUCGCCCAGCUUCUCUCCCGCCUUGGCUUCGUCACGCACUAUCCUGGUCUACCAAACCACCCUGGCAGGGAAAUCCACGAGCGCAUCGCUGAUGGGUACGGCGCCGUGCUCUCCUUUGAGACCGGUGACAAGGAGCUCAGCGAGCGCAUUGUCGGUGCUACUCGUCUGUGGGGGAUCAGUGUUAGCUUCGGCUGCGUCAACAGCCUCAUCAGCAUGCCCUGCGUUAUGUCGCAUGCGUCCAUCGACCCUGCUACGCGCGCCGCUCGCGGUCUUCCUGAGGACCUGAUUCGCCUAUGCGUUGGAAUCGAGGACCCUGCGGAUCUCUUGGACGACUUGCAGCACGCUCUUAUGGGAGCCGGCGCCAUCACGUAUGCCGCGGAUGAGUAUGUCCGCCUGCCGAACCCCAUCAGCCGCGCCGUCGAGAAGCUUGCCUUCAACCAGUCGCUCACGAACAGGCCCAGGGAAGACCGGGAGUGGUUCGUCAGCGCCCCGGGCAAAGUCAUCCUUUUCGGCGAGCACGCGGUCGUGCAUGGAGUCACGGCGAUCGCAGCGUCGGUGGAUCUCCGCUGCUACGGCGUGACGUCGCCCCGACACGAUAACAAGCUGUCGCUUCAGAUGACGGACAUCGGCGAUUACGUCCACGAGUGGGACCUGGACGACCUCCCCUGGGACGCCGUCACGCCGGUGCUACCAGGAGAGCAUCAUACGGACUUGCUCGAUCAGAAGCUCGUGGAUGCCAUCAUUGCCCGUGCGCUCCCAGCGCCGUCAGACAUACCGAAAGGCGCGCACGCAGCUGGGAUCGCAUUCUUGUACCUGUAUAUGAUGAUGGCGCAUGGCGGUGAGAGGCCGUCGUUCAAUUUCGCUGUGCGCUCGACCCUCCCUGUCGGCGCGGGUCUUGGGUCAUCUGCGUCAUACUCUGCGUGCAUUGCUACGGCGCUAUUGCUCCUGCACCAGCGUAUCAAGAUCCCGCCCCUCCCCGCUCCCACGCGUCCUGCGGGCGCGGACGACCCGGGACACCUGCACAUGUCGCAUCAGGGUCGUCGUGCUAUACCGCCAGACACCGCUGAGGAGGUGAACCGCUGGGCGUUCGUCGCUGAGAAGGUGCUGCACGGGAACCCAAGCGGCGUCGACAACUCGGUGGCUGUGUUUGGUGGGGCGUUGGCGUAUACACGUCCUGGGUUCGGGAAGAAGAGCGGGAUGGAGCAGAUUCAAGGCUUCAAGUCGCUGCGCUUCCUGCUUGUUGACUCGAGGGUCCCGCGUGAUACGAAGAAGCUUGUGGCGGGCGUCGCCUUGAAGAAGGCGGAGGAGCCCGAGGUCAUCAACAAGAUCAUGGAUGCCAUCCAAGCUAUCAGCGAUGAGGCACGUCGAGCUCUGGCUGAUCCUGAGCUACCUCGAUCGUCUUUGCUUGACGCACUCUCGGCAUUGAUCAAUGAAAACCAUGCCCACUUGGUGUCACUGGGCGUAUCGCACCCGUCGCUUGAGCUCAUUCGGUCGACUACUGCCGCCAACCAGUUUGGCCUGAGCACGAAGCUCACCGGUGCCGGCGGUGGUGGAUGCGCGGUCACGCUUGUCCCAGACGGCAACCCUACAGAUUUCAGCGACACAGCCCUGCAGGCCUUGGUCUCCGCGCUUGAGGACGCUAGCUUCAGGACCUACACGACGUCCGUCGGCGGGUCUGGCCUCGGCAUCCUCUCGCCAUACAACAAGGAGUACGACGAGGCUGGUCUGGCCACGCCCCCGAGACUCCUUUCGAGGACGAUUCACAUGCUGUGCCUUCUGUGCGCAAGUCCCUUAAGGAGAACUUCCGGGGCGUCGACGCUGGCUCUCUGUCAGGGUGGGCAGAGGACCUUGGUCGUUGGAUGUACGUGUAGCUGGGAGGACACGUUGAAUGCGCGCCAUGCGUGUUGGCAAAAGCAUUACAUUGGCCGGAUGCUGUAUUUAUGAGUUGUACGGUUCUGUUUGGAUAACACUGUGCGUUGUACUUGUUGAUUGUGAUUCUCAGACAGACCAAUAUAGUUCGGUCUGCGGUCGACGCACGCGGUUUCCGCAUGCCCUUCAUAGGAGAUGAUUGCGUUCAUGGACUUCCUGCCCAGGGAAGACGUGAGGUGCUCCCGAAGCUCCAAUGUACUGUCUUCUGGAGCUAGAAGACGGCUAUAUCAGAGUUAAUCUGACACGAAUGCUUGCAAUGCGGGUACUCCAGC